CCGCCCAUCUCUUCAGCCUCGGUUGCCUGCAGAGCAAGUCCACCGACCCUCGGCCCUUCGCCGCCGUCGCCAAAAUGUCUACAGGUGUGCCUUCAGGGUCCAGUGCUGCCACUGGCAGUAAUCGAAGACUCCAGCAGACACAAAAUCAAGUCGAUGAGGUGGUUGACAUCAUGAGAGUCAAUGUGGACAAGGUGUUAGAAAGAGACCAGAAGCUCUCGGAGCUGGAUGACCGUGCAGAUGCACUGCAGGCAGGUGCCUCGCAGUUUGAAACAAGUGCUGCCAAGUUGAAGAGAAAGUACUGGUGGAAGAACUGCAAGAUGUGGGCGAUAGGGAUCAGUGUCCUGGUGAUUAUUGUCAUCAUCAUUAUCGUGUGGUGUGUCUCUUAAUGAAGAACAGACGAAAUUGAAGCCUGCUAUUCAGGAUCUUCUUCGAGACUUUCUACUUAGAACCUGCUGUAUUAUCGAGCUUACCUAUUUUUUUUUCAAAUGAUUAUUUUUGUUAGUUUAUAUACAGUUUAGUGCCUAGAAAAUGUGCCUUUGUUUUUCAUAUACACUCCAAACUGGAAGUGUGGCCUACCCUGCCCACAAUUUGCACAGUGCCUUUACAGAUUUAUGGACUGGGAAAAAAGACUUGUGUGUUUCAUAGUGCUCAAAUCUAGGUGGAUGUUGUCACUGAUGACUUGUGGAUUCCAGGAAGGGGAUUUUGUUCAAGUCAGCUGUCCCCACAUCUGACAUUGUCUUCAAACCCACAUUUUGGUAAUUAGAUUCUCCCAACUUGGACCUUCCAAGAAGAACACUACUGCCUAACAAAAAUCGGUGACAAUAGUAGGGUGUGCCUUAUUUUGAUAACUAGGUAACUUUUCAUUAAGAGUGCCCUCCGUUUGUAAGCACUACUGAGCGCUGUAUUUAAGAUGCGGGUGCAGAGCUCGUGCUCUCGUGUUAGACAGGGAAAUGUUGACUCUCUUGUUCUUGUUGUGUAUCUCUUCUAAAAUAGUAUUUUAAUCAGAAAGAAACCCUUUAAGAAGUUUUUACAGAACUAUGACCAAAGUUUCUAUUUUGCCAAAAGUUAAAUACAAAUAAAUUGUUCAUAAGUGUGUCCCUAAUAGAUAAAUUCAAAUAAGUGCCAAAUGUAACUCAAGGUGCCCUUUAAGAAAAAAUGUUAAUACUGUGUGAGCCUUCAACAUCUUGACAGUCCUUCCUAUGGAAUGCUGUAGCUAAGGCUAUUCAUUCUGAUUUGGUCUCUUUCCUAGAGCUAUAGAGGUGAGCUCCCAUCACACCUAUAGACAAGAUACUGUUCGCAGACUGAACUAGGCUGUGGCCUCUAGUGUGAUGUGAGCAGCAGCUGUGCAGCCUCACGAAGGCAUCAGUCUGCACAGAGAGUUCUAGAAGACUAUUUACUGCUUUUAUGCAUGCUCUAUAUUAUGCUUGAGGUGAGACAUCGGUCACUCCUAGAGGAUAGCUAACCAGAGAUGCCUGUUGCUCUUAGGAUGUAGCCAUUGCUGUCUGAGACAGUUUCGUUGUCUAUAUGAGACUUUCAUCAAGGUUUGGUUCAAAGAUGAGAGUUCAGACAGCAUGAAAUUGAGGAAGUGGUGAAGGGCAAGCUGCUUGCCUGUGGCAGUGCCACUAGAAUCUCCUGAAAUCUGUGUUUGUGUGCAAAACAGCAUUAGUCAAGAUGCCAUAGACUCUGGUUCUGGUUUUUUAUCUGUUCCCCUAACAUUACUGAAACAAUACAAAUGUUGAAGACAUGCCUUGCCGCAUCAGCCUAGGGCCUCUGUCCUGGUCUGACCCCACAAUUUUGGUGCUGUCUCCUCAUACUCUGUCCCACGUAAUGCAUUGGCUCCUGUAUUAACACAGUAAUACCUCGCUUCUCUGUGCAUUUAGCUGGGAACGUUCCAGCUAUGUUGACCGGAAUAAAGUUGUUUAUUAACAUGA